GAUUACCAUUCGAAUACUUUGGAAGCUGGAGAGGGCUGCAGGACCUGGCGAUGGGCUGCAGAUACUGGAUGUAGACAGUCUGGAGCCCUGCACACAAUCUUCCCUCACAAAGUAGCUGAAGGCAAUGCUGAAGCAGGAUUGGGGCAUGGACGGUCCAGGACACUUGCGAUCUCCUGUAUUCAUAGACAAGGUCGGCGAGCGGGAUGUGAUGGAGGAAAUAUAUGCUGCUCCGGAGACGCAAUGGAUGAGGAAUCCUGCUGGUGGACCUCCGUCAAAGGCUGCUGGCGGUCAGACAGCAAAGCCCUCAGGCAAGAGGAAAGCAAUGCCUGGCGGAGUAUACCCUUCCGCAGCGGACCCUCGAAAGAAGGCUGCUUCAAGUUAUGCAUGGACCCCAGCAGCUGGCUCAGAUCCCUGCCAAGCAGGGACAAUCACCCACCAGGCCUCUAACAGCCAGAAGGGGAAAAAGGAGAAGAGCAGUGAUGGCACCACACGCGGGGGCCGUCCAGUGACUUGGUAUGGCGGGGGCGGCAUGAAUCCCCAGGACCUGGUGGGCUUGGGAGUGCCAAAGCUGCGCGCGAUAUUCCUGGAGGUGUUUGGGCAUCACACCGCGUCCAACAACGGCGCCUGGCUGCGCCGGAAGCUGUGCGAGAAGCCGGACGCCACGCGCGGCCGCGGCCGAUCCGCGUCCAUCCGACGGCGAGACGCGGGCGCCGCCAUCUGGACCACCGGCGCCGUCAAAAACAUCACCCAGGCUGAGGCGAAGGUGCUGGUGGAGAAUGGCGCUGCGCUGGCCAACGCGUCGUUCAUCGCGCUGCCGGAGCAGGCAGCUUCGGCCAUUGACGCCGCGUCAGUGGCAGGCUCGCCCUCCGACACACCCUCGGUCACCCCAACCCGCCACCAGCACAAGGUGCUGGCGGUGUCCAAGCCGGUGAAGUUGACCUACAACAGCUGGGGCAAGCCAGCCAAGCGGCCCUCCACCUGCCCUGACCGCCCAGCCACGCGGCGUCCCCUCUCCGAGGCCUUCGACGCGACGGCCGCCGCCACCGCCGCCGCGGCCGCCACAGCCAGGUGGACCGCGGCCACCGCUGGCAAAGUGGGGGGGCCCGGGGAGAGGCCGGAAAUGGUGCGGCGGCUGCUGCAGCGGGGGGACAUAAGCCAUGCUGGAAACUUCAAGGGGCAGCAGGUGGAGGUGUUCUGGCCGCAGGACGCCACCUGGUGGCUCGCGCGCAUCAUCAAACUGAACAGCAAGCAAUGCCAGGUGGUGUAUGAGACUGGGGAGACGGAGGACCUGUGCACAGACGAGCUCAUUCGCGAGGGCAUCAUGUCCGUCGGCUGGGUGCCCGCCGGCAGCCGCCCAGAAUCUGCCGGGCAGCUGUCAGUUGCCGGCAUGAGCCAGGGACGGCAGGAGCAUGGGUCCCCCGCGAGUGUCCAGAGAGGGCCGGGGCAGUCUCCCGCGGCGUCCACUCCUGGCCUGACACCCGAGCUGCGCCAGCUCAUCAAUGCUGACGUGGACGUGCGCCGAGCCGCCAGCCUGGACAACGGCGCCGACAGCUCCGACAUGGACUCCGGCGACAUGGACCGCUUCCACGUGGACCUGGUGCUGAGGAAGCCGCCGUCCCCCAGCCUGUCGCUGGCGCCGCGCAACCUGCGCAAUAUCGGCGCACUCGAUGUGAUCCACUCCGGAUACCGCCCAGCCCCCCACUCCCCCAUCGACCGCGACACCCAGGAGUGGGCAGACAAUCUGCUGCUGACGGCGCGCAAGGCACCGGCCCCGGAGAAGAGGGAACGCUCCGGCAGCCAGGACAGCUCGCGCUGCUCGGCCAGCCCGGUUGGCGCGUCUGCCGGGGCGAUGCGCGGCCCGGCCCCCGGCUCCGGCAUGCAGCGAGUAAUUGCCAACGCCAAAAUCACCAGCGGGGGGCGCAUGCACCCUGCAGCCAAGAGUGCAGGCGCUGGGCAUGCCGUUGACGGCUGGCGCCCGGCAGCGCCGGCCGCGCUAACACUGGAGUACCGCUUUGGAGCCUGCCACAUGCCGCCAGCUGGCGGAUUCGCCAUCGGCCGCGCUCCCGACGCGCCUCCCACUGCGACUGAAGGAUUCACUCUUCACGGCACCCAGUCGGAUCUGAGCACCUUUGAUCUGAAUCUCCUGGACGCCUCCACCCUCUGGAACGAGCCCCUGAACCAGUUUGACUUCUGA